AUGUCGUGCAGACACCCUCUUCAAAAAACAGCCGCUCUCUUUCCAACAUUCUAUCGAUCCUCCCAAUGCUUAAAGAAACCAUUGCCACGCUCCCAUUUACGCUAUGCCUCCACAACAAGGAAAUCAGCAGCCAAAGUGCAACGAUCCAUGGGCGGCAUUUUCGAGCCAUUCCUUGAAUCCAGCACACCCAAAGCAAAACAAUCAGCACGACCAGCACCCAAGCCUCUAUCUGCAUUGACUAUGAAAGAUGUGUUGCCUUCCGACGACCAGCUACAAUUGAUUCUCCAACACAAAGAGACCACUCUGGACAUUGAAAAGCAAAAGGAGAUUAUGAAUGCCAUUCUCAAAGAAGCUCCCAGCGACGAAUUACUGAAAAUGGCCCCUGCAUCCGAGUUAUCAGCGUUGGGCAACAUUGUGAUCCGUGGUUCACGUGAUGGUACGCUUGCAGCCCUUGCCUUGUACAAAGCUGCCAUGGAAGGUGGCGACGAUCGAGGUGCAUUCAGUUAUGCGACCAUGUUACAUCGACAAGCCAUGUCCAACAAUCAGACCGAUCCACAAGCACUAGACAUCCUCUCAAAGUUGGCUCGCAAAGGACAUCCAUAUGCACAAAUGAAUCUGGCAUCCAUUAUCAUGCGUAGUCAACCCGAUCAAAUUGCAUCAGCAAUCAAAUUAUACGAGCUUGCUGCCAAGGGUGGUAUUGACAAGGCCUAUGUGGAAUUGGGUCGCAUGUACCGUAUCGGUUAUGGUGUUCAUCAAGAUCAUCAAAAGGCGUAUCAAUACUUUGAACAAGGUGCCAAACGUGGUGAUGCUCAAUGUAACUUCAUGCUGGGUGUCUAUCAUUCGAGUCAAAUGGGUGUUGUGGAAGAGAACCAAGAAAAGGCGUUCAAAUACUUUCAAAAAGCGGCAAUGCGUGGAAUGCCUGAAGCACAAUACAAUGUUGGUUUUCGAUUUCUCAAAGGCCAUGGUGUACAACGUAAUACAUACAAUGCUGCCGAGUUCUUGAGAAUGGCUGCUAUGCAAGGUUUCCAACUCGCACAAAUCAAUCUUGGUGCCAUGUAUAUGCAAGGUGAUGGUGUCAAGAAAGAUAUGGAUGAAGCACGUCAUUGGCUGGAAAAGGCAGCAGCUUUGGGUGGUAAAAUGGGUCAAGACGCUCAACAAAGACUUGCAAGUCUCGAUGGUGCCGGUCAUACCAAAGGGGGUUCAUCGUGUAAUAUCAUGUAG